AUGACCUUUAGGGCUUUUCUAGAGUACUCGAAGAUUGACUUGUACAUUGCUAGGUUUCUCCCUUUGGGGCCUUUGAUACUAUGUUUAACGUACGCAAUUGGUGCAGGAAACGGCACUCCAUCAUUUCAGCCAAGGUUCCAAGACCCGGAGGUGCUCCCCUGCCUGGUGGAGGCCUUUCGCCAAGCAACCAACUUUCAGAAGGACUCUGUGACGCCCAGUGAAGCUGGUGACUUCGUACGCUUUUGCGUCGCUUAUCGCAUUCAUUGCUACUUCGAGACUAGCUUGUUGACGCCUGCCAUCGUGAAGCCAGCCGUGGUUUUCGUCUUGGGAGGACCUGGUGCUGGCAAAGGAACGCAGUGUGAGCGCAUCUCGCAGACCUUUGGCUACCACCACCUCAGUGCUGGAGAUCUUCUGCGUGAGGAGCGCAAGCGUCAAGGCUCUGAGUAUGGCCAGCUUAUCGAGAGUUUCAUCAAGGAAGGCAAACUGGUUCCUGUCGAGAUUGUCGUGAACCUCUUAAAGCAAGCCAUGGAGAAGCGUGGUUGGUCACAGGGGAAGUUCCUGGUUGAUGGCUUUCCACGCAGCUUUGAAAACAUGGAGGGUUGGAAAGAGGUCCUGGGAGGCAAGGUGAAUGUGAAGUUUGCCCUGUUCUUCGAUUGCUCUGAGGCAGUCAUGGAGGUCACCUUGGCGUCUCCACUCGGCGAAAUCGUCUUGUGGGACACUGGCGCCAAUGGGUGGAUGCAUUGGGGCGGCUUUGCCGCGAUCAUCUUUUCAGGCCUCAAGGACGGCGAGCCAGCAAAGCUGUACUUGCCGCGUGAUUUCAAGGGUGACUACUGCGAUCUUGGGUCGCUGGACGGAGCAACAAAGCUCCUCAGGACGCUCAAUGUCUCAGCUACUGUGGACGAGGUCGCGAAGCAGUUGAUCUGUUCCACAGCAGCUGAAAACGCCUUGGCUGCGAUUCCUUUUACAACCGCGCAGAUGGAGGAGUAUAGAUGUGCCUGUUGCAAAGUGCCUUGUGCUGCCUGCGAAAGCAAUUUUGCUUUAGAAGACUUGCAGGACUCAUCGACAGCUUCCAGCACGAUCAGCGGCAGGAUGUCUGAGCUGACGGAUCCCAGCAAAGCAUCCUCACUGUUUUCCAGUGGGAGUGCCAACGCGAUGUCCUUCAACCCUGAGAGUAUCUUCGGAGAGAUGACCAAGUUCAUGGUGUCGGUGUGCCUGGCACAGACGUCUUGCGCACCCCCCACAGUGAACACAACGACAGCAGGAGUGAGAAGCUAUGUGUAUACUCCCACUCCAACGGAGCCUUGGAAGUUUGCAUGGGAUGCGCUGGCCACCGGCAGCAAUGUGCCACAGCAGUUCAAGGAUACCAUCGCCAAUGAUUUUACCUUCAUGGCCAUGUCUGAGCAGCUUUGCCCCUACCACGAACGCUAUUGCAUUCCCUUUCCCGGCGUUGCCUUUGCAGAGGCAUCCUUGGGCCAUUGCAUCCCAAAGGUGGAGGCCAGCGUAGCUGCCCAGAUGGGUGAAGCUAUGGCUACUGCAUUGCAAGGGGCUGGCGAGCAGGCGCUAAGGUUGCUGGAUGCCCAGUCUGGAGUUUUCGGAGAGUUGAUGUCUACUGUAGAUGCCUUCUGCGUGGUAUUCUUCUUUUCCUUUGUCAUUGGCCUGGUCUUCUUGGUGGCCUUGCGCUUUCUAGUCGGCUGUGUCGUUUGGGCCUCGGUCUUUCUAGUUACCUUUGCCUUUGCUCUUGGAGGCUUGGUGGUGUAUAUCAGAUCAUUCCAGUGCAGCGGCGCUGGACUGCUGGAGACUGGUAUCGCCACAGGUUCCAAUGUUGCUACCACAGUUGCAGUGACCGUCUCUGAUGCUGUGUCUGGGGCGGAAGCACUCAGCGAGGAGAUGACGGGUAAUGGCCAAGACUACCGAGGUGGCCAACGAUAUACCAGGAGUUUAUACACUUGCCAGCGCUGGGAUACGAACGAUCCCCACACCGUAGGCUUCAACCUGACGCAGUACACCAUGCUACAGGCGAACUACUGCCGAAACCCUGAUGGACAAGCUGCUUCCAUUUGGUGCUACACCACCGAUGCCCAGAAGAAGUGGGAGCUUUGCGAUCCAGUGGGCUUUAGCUUGCCCGACUGUACCAAGGGGUAUGCUGUGGAAGAUCCGGGCCUACGUGAAGUCCUGAAGAUCGUGGCCUACGUCGUUUGGACUCUGGGGGGCAUUUGGAUCAUCGCCGUCUGCUUUCUGCAGAAGCGAAUCCGCUUGGCUGUUGCUGUGAACAAGGUGGCGGCUCAGUUCGUGUACAACAACCCAAGCAUCCUGUUGGUGCCAGUUGUCCAGAUUUUGAUUGGCUACGUGUGGCUCCUCGUUUGGAUGGUCUGCGCAUCCUUCCUGCUUUCGCAGGUGCCCGAGGAUUAUACGCCAUCAAAUGCUUUUGCCACCUACACAGAAGCGGCUGGCAAUGCCACUACUCCGGGUGCAUGCACUGACAAGUGGCCUUCAGGGAUUGUUUGGAAGUACGAGGGCAACCUGAGCUCCGCAAAUGACACAUGCACUGGAGUUUAUGGUGAUACUACAGGCAUUGAGCCCUUGUGUUGGCGGUGCUCACCACCUCGCUAUGUCUUUGAUGUGAAGUUUGCUGGAGCUUUCUUUACGCUGCUGUGGAACAACGCUUUCCUGGUGGCCUUGGGACAGCACUGA